UUAGUAGGGUUUGUGGCAGAGUGAAAUUACCACACUUGUUCUGUUGUGGCGGGAUUCGGCAAGAGGCAGCGCAGUAGAGGGAGAGGAUGAUGAAAUGAGGGAGUAGAUGUGCACUUUUCAUUGCUGAACCAGCACUUUGAGUGAACCAUUAGGCAUUAGCAAACAGUUCAAAGUCUGAUUUUUUUAAAAAUAUUAAAACUACACUUUUUCUUUGAAGAUUUGUCAAUGGUGUUGUGUUCAAAUGGAAUAAAAGGGUUACAUAUUUUAGCAUCAUCUGUCAUGUUCCAAUGUCGUUCAAACCAAUGACUUCGUUAUAGUGUUCAAAUUUUUUUCCUUUUACUUUUUCCCCUUUCCCCUAACAGACAUCAGGUUUUUCCCUUAACAAACAUCGGGUGGAUCGUUAACUCCUCUACCCUUCUACCUUUCUUUAUUAAAAAAAGAAUGCUUUUAAAAAUGUACCCUAAAACACUAUUAUCUAUCUGAAAUCCACAAUUCAAAGAAAUGACAUAAGAGACUUAAAAAAUGAUUAUUUCUACUCACUACACAUUAUGCCUUAGAGUAUUUAUAUAGUUUGGUCACCAAGUAUACAUUCACAAAAUACUACGUAGAUAUUAAAGUAGGGUUAUUUCAUUGUGAGGGUGACACGUGGAAGGUGAGAUGGAGGUGACAUGCCAUUGAGGUGGACUUAUUGUUUACAAGAGCGUUUCACAUUCGGCUUUGAAAAUCAGACGCCACCCAAAAACGCCAUUUCAUAUGCUUUAACCGGCGCCUGUUCCCCUAUGCGACCGGAGAAGUUCAAGAAACUGGCCCGUCAAGCAUCGAUUCCGGUGAGCAGCUUCCGGAACCCAUCGGUCGACCCUCAGAAUUAGCCAAACCCAUUGUGCACGAAUGAGCCAGUACGAAGAAGAAACACUCCAGAUUCAAUUUUGGACGCAUUUUGACAAGUUUGCGCCCGUUCACCAGUCAUGGUGCAUCUAUCGAGCAACUCCGCCUAACCCAUCAGGUUUUGGAAGUGAGAAAUGGAUUCUACGAGAACUCAUGCUGCAGCUUUGGAUUUUGCUUCUAUAUGCCCUUCAUUAAUGAAAGUUCAUAAUUUAUGCUACUGCACUCUGGUAUAUAAAUAAAAAGAAAAAAAAUGCAGUGGGAAUACAUCCCGGUGGGCAUGUUUGCAGCCUAGACAGUGUUAAAACAUCUAUUGCCCAGUGUGCCAGGGUUUGUGGGUUUGAAAAACAAAAGUAAAAUUAAAAUAUCAAAAAAAAUGUAAUAUAUCUAUUAUAUUAUUUUAUUUUAAAUUAUGAAAUGAUUUUAUUUCAGAGUAAUGCGUAAGUACAGUAAUAAUUUAAUCAUGACACAUUUUAAAAUAUGAUGAUCAAACAUUUGCCUGCCAUCCUUGCAUCUCCUCUGACUGAAUGUCCUCCGGGAAUGGUUCCAUCAUUGUCUUCUUGUUACCUACGCGUAGUCAACAAAAAAUACAAACUACACGCUCAG